AUGCUAACUACUAUUGGUGUAAAAGAUUUUCUAAGGAUCUUAUACUUUGUUGUUGGAAUAUGGAUUGUUUUUGAUAUUAAAAAUUGUAAAAAUUAUUUUAAACAUUCAUGUGAUAUGACAGUUAUGCAUAGAAUGCCAAUACUUCUGCCUGUACAUAAUGAUUAUGAAUCAAAUUAUCGAAUGUUUAUUUAUGGUGAAGGUGAAUAUAUUAGAAAAAUUAAAAAUACAAAAGAAUAUGAUGGAAUACCAAUAGUAUAUGUUCCAGGAAAUCGUGCUCCAGCAGAUAUGGUACGUAGUAUAGGUUCAAUACUUCAAAAUAAAACUGAAAUGAAUAAAGUACCAUUUCAUUUUAAUGUUUUUUCUGCUCAUCUUAAUGAAGAACCAAGUACUUUUGAUGUAAAAACUUUAAAAAAACAUGCUUUAUAUCUUAUCAAAAGUUUAAAAUACGUUGAUAAAUUAUAUGAAAAUAGAAAACAUAAAUUUGUUAUAAUUGGACAUUCUAUAAGUGGUAUAGCAAUAAAAAUAGCUUUAUCACAAUCUCAAUGGUUAAGAGAAAAUACAGCUUUUAUUAUAACAUUAGGAACUGCUUUUAAAGAACAUCAAUUUAAAAUUACUGGAGAUUUUAUAGAUUUAUGGAGAGAGAUGCAUACAAUGGUUGAAAUUCCAAUAAUAUCUAUUCAUGGUGGUUUGAUGGAUGAAAAUGCAGAAGAAUCAUUUACAGGUAACGAAGGUGGUUACUCAUACUCAACACAAAUAAUAGAUAGAGUAUGGACAAUGAGUGAUCAUAAUUGUUUAGUUUGGUGUAAUCAAUUACAAAGAUCAAUAUCAAGAUUAUUAUUUGAGUAUGCUGAAGACAAAAAUAAUAAAUUUUCAAGAAAUAAUAUUGAUAAAAUACUUGAUAAAAUAUUUAAUUCAACAUCUUUUAUUUAUCCCAUUAUUGAAAAAAAAUCAAUUAGUAAUAAUUUAAUACAAAUUGAUAUAAAUAAUAAGUCAGAACAGUUAUUUUUGUAUGUAAUAAGAAAGACAAAUAAGAAUAUAGCUCCAUUAUAUGAAACACAAUAUACUACACAAUUGACACCAAAGAAAGAUUUUUUUUAUGAUAAAAAUAUGAAAUACACAUAUUCAUUAGAAUAUAUUCGAAAUCAAUCACAAUAUUAUAUUGAUAAAGAUGCUCAUUUUGAUAUUGUAUCUAAAAAUGAAAUUACUAUUCUUAGAAGUUCACUUUCAAUAACAACAAUAAAAUUUUUAGAAAAGAAAAAUAUAAAAAUUUUUGUAAUUCCAUUUAUUUCUCCAAAUAUUGUUUACAGGAUAACAGUAACAAAAAAUAAAAAUCCAUUACCUAAACUAUAUUUUAAAUCUAAUUUAAAUGCAGCAAUUUCACAAAAUGGUAUGUUAUUAUUCAAUUAUUUUGAUGAGACAGAUAACGAAGAUGGAAAAUUAUUUAUAAUGUCACAACCAGGAAUUUCUAAUGAUAAUAAUUUUAUUGAAAUAAAUAUGAAUAUUGAAAUUGGAUUAACAGUUAUUAGAGUGAUAAAAUUAAACAUAACAAAUGUUCCAUAUAUUUUAUCAUUUAUUGCAUUUUUAUUUUCUUUUAAAUCAAAUGAUUUAGGGAAGUUUUUAAUUUUUAAUUUUGUUAUUUUAUAUAUCACCGGAUCAUUUAUUACAACAUUUAUAAUGGUAUUUUUAGCUUUUAUAAUAAUGUAUUUUAUUGAAUUAUUUUUGUUAAUAUUAACAUUGAUAGGUAAAAUAUUAAAUAUUAGAAGAAUUAGUAUUAGGGGAUAUAAGUGGAUUUAUAAAAACAUUAUUUCUACAAAAUUAUUAUCAAUAUUAAGUUUUUCAUCAUUGGUAUAUCAACCAGCAUUUUUACUAUUUUCAGUUAUAUCUUUCUUAAUAUCACCAAGUUUGUUAUUAUUUAUAACAUCUAUCAUUUUGCAUCUACCUAUAUAUUUUACUUUUUAUGAAUUACCUCGUACUAGCUUAGAGUUUAGUGGAUUAAGAUUAUAUGAAAUAAGUGUAAUUUUAACAUUUUUAGUAAUAUAUAAAUUAAAAAAUAAUAAAAUACUUAUAUCUAGUAAUCCUUGGAUUGCUGUUAUACCAUACUUUUUUUUGUUAACAUUAGGAGUAACUUAUUUUGAUGUUUGGGAGUAUGUUGUAUUUACACAAACUUUAUCAAUUCUUCUUUUGAAAAUGAUAAAAGAAAAAUGA